GGAGCUAAGAAUUUUAGAAUACUGGAAUAGGCUAUCUGAUGCAAUCAGGGAAGAAGAAAUUUUGCGAGAGAUUGGAAGAAAGCAGGAUUCAGGAUUGGCGUCUUGGAAAAGGAAUGUGUGGAAAGAAACGCCGAGGAACAAUAAUGUCAAUCUCAAUCUCUAUUCCUCCAUGAUCGAAUCGAAGCCAAGGAAAAGAAGAAAAAGGAUCGAUCACAAUCACAUAUAGCAGAAUACGAUUACGUCUUUAUCUCUCUUACGCGUCUUUCGAAGAAUAUUUUCUGAAGAAGAAGAAUAGUACGAAGAUAUCUAUCUAUCUAUCUAUCUAUCUAUAUAUAUGCGUAUCUAAUCGGACCUUUUCAAGCUCUCUGGUUAUCUUAUAUUGAGGAAUUGAUUCGAAGAUUUCGUCGAAAGGUUCUGUUUAGUUCAUCGCUCUGAUUUCUCUAACGAUCGGGAAGAUCGAUUACAGGUAUUCAAACCCUAGCUUUUGAUUUAUGUGUUUUUUGGUUGUUUUUCAUCGAUUGAGAAACGAAAACAUAUAAUAUGUAUGGGAAAGGGCAAACGCAAGGGCAAGGGCAAGGUCAAGGUCGAAGGCAGAGGCUUUGAUCGUUCAGAGAAUCGGACAGGUUUCCUUUAGUUCAGAAGAAGGCACUAUCAGUUUUGAAGUAUUUGAAACAGGUUGAAGACGACCAGGGAAGGCAAGGGCAACACAAUAAUAUUAGGGUUUUGCAUUGGCAAUCACUUUUGAUGAGUCAACUCUACAAUUCUAAGAGAAGCUCUGCCGGUUAGGAUUUUUGUUCCUAGAUCUGUAUGGUCUUAUAAUUUAGCUGCAUACUUGAGGCGGGGCUACGAAGUUUUGCGUCGGGGCAUGUGUUCUUGAUGUUCGGAUGGUUUGGAUGUCUACUUUGCUUUGCCUGCAAUUACUGACGUUGGGUCUUACGUUGUCUACCUUCAUCCGCUAAGAGCUGACGUAGUCACUCCCUUUUGAACUCGUUGAAGAGACGCCUUCCUCCUGGAUCUAGGUUUCCUGUGGGGGAGCGUUUGUGUUAUUCUUAGAGUUUAUCUUUGCUCCAGAGAAACCUCUUUAAGUGAUUAUUAUACUUUUCCGCUCACCGUACACACAUAGGGCGUCGUAAUCUUCUUGGAGGAGUUGUUGAGUUGAGCAUGGUUGAUGCCAGCUUCUGGCAAUGCGAUGUAGAGAAGGCUUGAAAAGACAAUCCGCCUAAAUUUUAUUUAGGUCAACAGGAUCUAUUCUCUGUUAUUUAUCUGAUUGGAUCUGUUGAUUAAUGUUGCCUCUGAAAUUAUUGCUCCAGCAGUCACUUUCUUCCAUCAACUAGUCUGAUAAACCGUAGGUUUCCCAAAAAUGGAACUCUCCGUAUCUUGUGGAGUUCAGGCGGUUCCUGUGCUACAUCUAUAUCUUUGGAAACCUUGCCGUGGGGCUUUGGGUGUUCUACUGAUUCAAAAGGUGAUUGCACUGUGGGCAAACUGUUUGUUUCUGAAGAUCAAUUGUUCCCAGAUUAUUAUCAACUGCAUACAAGAUGGUGAUCUUCAACCUGUAAAGUGGGUCGGUCCGAUCUUUUUAGAAAAAGGAAAUAAGGCCCUUCAUGUAUUGAAUGGCUUUCUUGUGGAUGUGCUUCAGGUGAGGUCAUUUUGGAUCCUGCUAUGGCUGCUAAGAAAGUAUUUUAUCCAUCACCAUCCCUCAAUAAGCUAGGACAAUGAGGGUUCUGAUUUAAUGAUUCAGACGUGUUCUUGCUCUGGGGGGCCAGCCUCUACUAUAGAGCCAAUUAGAAAACGAUUAGUGACGGCAUCUUGCAAGACUUGUGGUGGGAAACCACUGGUUGAUUGGGGAGGGUCUCUAUCCGGUAGCAUGGUGAGCACAGGGGGAUUGGAGCUUACAAGUGUUAUCAAUCCUGACUUGACUUGGAAGACAGUUUCAAAAGGUAACAGAAGUGCGUCAAGGCGGGCUAGAAGACCCAUUUCAAGAAACUGUCAAAGGAGUGGAACUCUGAUUGAUAAGGACCCAGAGAAGGUUGAGGACAUGCCAGUUUCUGAAUCUGAGAAGCUUGGAGUGACUAUCCUUGGGCACCGGUUUAACGACAAAGUGGAGCAUAUACCAAUUAAAAAAAGGAGAUUUUUGUUUCGGCCGCCAUCGCCACCUCCUCAGGCACCUUCUCCACACCCAGAGGAGUCUGAUCAGUUUACAAGUAGUCAACAUGCUUCAGGUCAGGGGUCUUCUUUAAAUCCAAUUGUGGGACGGAAAUUGGAGGCAAUGGACUCAACUGUUAGGUUGGGCCAAGUUGUUGACAUGGGUAUUGCUGUUGAUAGAAAAAACUCAAAAGAGAUGAAUGAAAGUCUUGGUCACAAUGAGGACUUCUCUGGUAUUUCAAUAUUGGCUGCGGCUGCCUGCAAUAACAGUAUGGACGGUGGGACGAAUAAUGCUGAGGAUGGAUCAGCCCUUGAAGUGUCUUCUAUGCAAGAGAGAUCUUCUGAUGUUCUGGUGAAUAAUGAAUCGUGUACUGUGGUGGAGGAAACACGCAAGGACCAUAGUAUCAGUUGUGCUGAAGUCUCAAAUGAGCAAACUGAGGCCUGUAUUUCUGCGAUGCUUGUGGAAGAAACAACUGCCUGCUUGGUGACAGCCACAUCCUUCCCAGAAGAUAUGGCAUGUAAAACAAAUGCAAAGGCCCCCUCCUCUACGGAUAAAUCUCUCGCUGCUAAGCAAAAACAGCUUCCAAAUGAGAGGAAUGAAGCAAGUUCAAGAAGUUUUGAGUCUUUGCGGGAUGAUAGAUCACACUGGGACUUGAACACUGUUAUGGAUGCUUGGGACAGUCCAUGUCUUGAUCCCAUUGUGGGCGCUCAGGAAGAUGUAAUUGGUGAUAUCUCUGCUGGUGGAUGCAAUAAGAAGGCAGUGGAGUUGGAAGCUAGUGAGCUGCGAAGGGGACUUGCGGCUACCGAACUUGACAAUGCAAGCCCAGUGCUGCCUGUGCUUGGCAAUGUUGUGAGUGAUGGACAUGAGGGCAUUUACUUCCAUGCAGACUCAAAAAGCUUGGCUAUGGGGAUGGAGAAAUCAGUCAGAGAGGACCAAAAAGCAGAUACACAUGCCUGUGAGGGAAAAUGUCAAAGUUCUACUUGCUUCCUGGGAAAAACUCCUUCACCUGAGACUAAUAGUGCUCCGAAUAGUUUGAUUGGCCUGGAUGGUGGAUCAAAAGCUUUACAAAAUCAGGAAUGCUCUACAAACAUCAUUGCUGAUCAGUUUGAUGACAAGGACACCGUAAAUCAUUCUGCCCUUCCUGCAGCUGACACACCAGUCUCUGAGGGAAAUGGAAAUGCAGCUUCUGAUGUUGCUACUGGUAAAGAAACAGGAGGUGAUUGCCCUGCUGAUGCAGAAAGAGCUGAAAACAUUUGCUCAAGUCCUCAGUACCUUUCUGCUGUUGCUACUGAUAAAGAAACUGGUGAUGAUUGUCCUGCUGAUGCUGAAAAAGCUGAAAACAUUUGCUCAAGUCCUCACUCAGGGAAGCAUUGCGUUGGAGAUGCUAUGUGUGGAAUCGACGAAGUUCUGAAUGAAGAUGGUGAGGAUGCUGGCAGAACUUCUGGUUUUCUUGACAGUGUGAACCUCCCAAAUAAACCACAGGGCACUGAUCUCAUGGCAUGUAAUCCUCUACAAUCUGGGCCUUUUGAUUGUGCCAUGGAUCUUGUGGUGGGUAAUUCGGAUAAAGCUCAUUGUUCCCCGUCUACUAUCUGUGAAGAGUUGCCUAGUUCACGUGCAUCUGCUGGAAGAGGUGAACAUGCUGUUGGUGUUGAUUUGGUUGUACAAGAUGGCCAAGAUUUUGUAGCUAAUGCCACAGUUGAUUCUCCAGGUCAGAUUGAAUCUGAAAAACUCAAGCAUAAGCCUUCUGAACAGACUUCAGGGAAACUGGAAGCACCAGGUGACAUUAGUUCUCAUGAGUCCUAUAGAAGCUCUGAAAAUGUUGCUCCAGAAGAUGAUCAUUUUGAUGACGUUGAUUAUGGUUCAGACAUUUCACAUGAUGAUCCCCAAGUGAGGGAACAGGAGAGCGAACUUCAGGUAGGUUAUGAUUCUCAGUAUGAGGAUGGAGAGUUGAAGGAGCCGGUUCUACAUGGUUGGGAAGGGAAUGCAUUUGAGGAAGGGGAAGUUGAGCAUGUUGACUAUGGAUCAGACAACAAAGAAGCAUAUGACUUUGAAGCUGCAGCUGAUUAUCCGGGGUCCAUGUCUGUACAGGUUGAUGAACUGGCAGAAUGCCAAGGUGGGUUUGAGGCGAAUGCCGACUGUAAAACAGACCAAAUUUUGGAGAAGAAUAAGCAAGAAAGCUAUGUUCUGGAAGCAGGAUAUCAUGAGAAAAGGUCAGGGACAGUGAAUAGACACUCAAGGGAGCAGUUUGGUAUGCAAAAUGACCGAACAGAUUCCAAGGUUGACAAGGAAUUAAGGGGAGGUGCUGAAAAGGCGAAUGGAGGUGGUGAACUUUAUGCCAGAGGAGAUGCUGGGAAGGAGUCGACCAAAUCGGCAACUUCAAGGAUGAAAUUUAUUGGAUGGGAUCGAUUACCUGAAUGCAGCAGAAGUUCUGUGGAUGCAAAAAUGGAAGCCAGAGAUGGUGAUUUUAAAAGGAUUCAUUCUGUUUCUUGUAUUGAUGGGCUUGAUUCUGUGGGUUAUGUGGCAAGGAUGGCAAAAACUUCAGGGCGGGAGUUGCUUUCCCAUAUUGAGGGACCCAUAUCUUCUGAUAUUUUGCGUACAAAUGAGAUAUCCAACAACCUGGAUGAUUCAAAUUGUAGAGCUGAAAGAGAACCUGCUUCUGCACAAUCCAUUGGAAGGGGUGGAUCCUCUUUGCUGCAUAUGCAUGGUAGGGGGCGGGGAGGUGAUCGUUGGGUUGAUUCUUCCCGUUGGGGUCCAGAACGUCACCGUUCACAUGGUUUUGGGCACCCUGCAUCAAGGAAUGCUGCUGCAGCAGCAGCUGCAAAUAUAGAGAGCAGUGGUUUUGUUGUUGCUCCGGAUGGUACAGUUGUAAAAGCAGGUGGUUUCGGAAGGCGUAGACAAUCUGUAAAUGCUUCUUCUGAAGGUGUGUGCCGCUCUCUUGUCCGAAGGGGAUCACCAUUAGAAAGGGAUGAGGCUCUUGGCAUACAUAUGGAACUUGGUCCAGUGGACGAGAUGAGCCCUGAUAGGAGCCUUACUCUUGAAAGGGGUAGGUCUGGAAGAUUUGGUCCACAAGUGGUAGGUGCUGGCCUCAGGGAGAGACAUCGAGGAUCUGCUCCUGAUGAUUCUUCCUUCCGCAUGCAACAUCCUUUAGUCACGAGAGAACGGAGCUAUUCCCCCAUUCAAAGAAGGGGGGCUCCUCGUCUAUCUCGAUCCCGUACAAAAUCUCCAUCAAGAUCUAGAAAUCGUUCUCCCAAUGUAUGGCCAUCUCAAGGGGGAAGAAAUGGGUGUGGGAUUGGUAGUGGUCCAGGUUUAAGUCAUCACAGUAGAAGUCCUCGAAAUUUCAGGUCUGUGGAGAGGGUGCGGUCACCUCAUUGGCGGCCGGGUUUCUUAGCAGAUCAUGGUGGUUUUGCCCCAACGUCCAGAAUCCGUGGUUCUCCACAACAUUCUUCCCGAUGGGUUGACAAUAGGAAAGAUCAUGUUGAUCAUUUUAGGGAGUAUGGCUACAAGCAGCGUCCUUCGGUUUCAGAAAGAAGAUCGCCUGGAAGAAUUUUCCCACGAGGUCGUAGGUAUAAUUUGGUGGGUUCCACGGGAAGAUCAAAGCCAGAUGGAUAUCACAGACCCAUACAUCCUGGAAGGUUUCCUGAGAUGGUUGGAGCUGGAAGAGGGUCUCGGUAUGAUGAAAGUGAUGAUGAUAGGAGGAAACAUGGUCACAGAUAUGGGUUUAUGCAUCCCGUAAGGCGUUAUGGUACUGAUGGCCCUGUAAAGAGGUUCCAAUAUGAUGUGGAAGAUUUUGCUGCUUAUGAUUCUCAUAACAAGGAGGCAACAGAGUUCCAUGGUAGAGGAGGAAGUCCUAAGACCUAUGACAGGGGUAUUGACAGCAGGCUUGGGGAUGCACCUAGGAGAUCUAGAGAAGAGAAAGGCCAUUUCAGAUAUGGUCGAGACUGGAAGUAUGAUUCCAAUUCCAAGUCAUUUGGAAUGCGAGAAUGUGAUGAAGAUGAUGCACGAAGGAAUUUCCCUUCAUGACCUUUGUACCCUUCAUUUUUUUCCUCUUUGGGUGCUUUUGUAGGUCGAUAAAGAGAUGUUGAAACUGGUGAAUUGUUCCCCCUUCAGUGGGGAAGCAUCUCAAUCAUGCGCUUUUUUCUCCUUGUUACAGUGCUUGUGUAACUACCUAGAUUAGAUGAUUUCCUUGGCAAAUGGCUGCUCAUACAUUUUUUUGUGCUCCUUUGUAGAAGAAUUUUUUUUUCUCUUGGCCAAUUCUGAGUUAUGUAACCUCUGCAGGAGGCCAUUGAAAUAUUAUUAAUCAAGUGAAAAUUCAAUUUAUGCC